GAGACCUCGCAGCCGCGUGAUGAUGAAGGCUGAGCACGCCGAACCUCUCGUCUUCUUCUUUGCUCAUCCCAUUUGUAUCUGUGCCCGGCCUUGAAGUGGCGCUUUAAUUCUCACAGGAAACGAGGAAUUUCUCAUUAAGCAAGACGGGACUGAAAAGCCUCUCGAUUGCUCGUCUUUAUAAACUAGUGCGCCACCAAGAACGAAGAGCCUUCCAUUGUCACAUCGAAGAGCUCUCCAUCUCCUUCCUUGGCAGCAGGUACGGUGGUGGUGGAUGAUGAUGGCCUCGCCGGUUCGCCGCCGAAGGUGUGGCGAGGGAAUGGACGAUGCACCACCGAUAGGAACAGGCGACUGGCCGGUGCCGGCCAGGGACUGGUCGGAGCUGCCGCUGGACGCCCUCGUGUCUGUCUUCGUCAAGCUCGGCGCCAUCGAGAUCCUGAUGGGCGCGGGCCUCGUAUGCCGCUCCUGGCUCCAGGCAGCGGAGCUGCCCGAGCUGUGGCGGUCCGUGGUCAUGGCGUGCCACAAGGUGGUGGACAACAUCGUCGACGUUGACGACGACACAGUUCGCGCCUCUCCCGUGGAGCCAAAGAUCAACCGCGAUGUCCUGUGCGCCAUGGCGAGGGUCGCCGUCGACCGCUCCCGUGGGCAGCUGGAGGUGUUCGUGGCCAUGCGGUUCGUUACCGAUCAACUCUUGGAGUACAUCGGCAACAGGUCGCCCGCUCUGAAGACCGUCAGCCUCAUCUCGUGCGCCGGCGUCUCCAACCAAGGGUUCACGCAGCUGAUCAACAAGUGCCCUAUGCUAGAGGACCUCCUGCUUGCGUUGUGCCACAGGAUCGGCGGCCGUGACGUCUACGAGGCUGCCGGCCGGGCAUGCCCGCGGCUCAGGCGCUUCAGGCUGUGCAAGAGGAUGCUUGUUUCCUUGCUCGCAGAGAAGCCCGGGGAGGCGCUCGGGUUUGCGGCGAUGCACGAGCUGCGGACCCUCGUCCUCAUCGGGAGCGACGUCACCAACGCUGAGCUCGCGUCCGUCAUCGACUGCUGCCCUCGCCUGGAGAGUCUCGACCUCAUGGACUGCUUCAACAUCGUCGCCGACGACGUGCUGCGGGCGAGGUGCGCCGGGAUCAAGUCGCUGAUGCUUCCUCCCCGCCGUCGCGAGGUUGAUGUUGACGACGAGUACGAAUCUCUCAGCUUAAGGGAUUGCGAUUUCGGCUCGGACUCCUAUUGAGAGAUGUGAUGAUCCUUAUUGUGGACGCUGCCUUAGCCUAACUACUACUGUGGUAAAGCGUCCGUGUGGUAUCUCAAAAUGUUUACCAAGUUUUUUAU